UUUUUUAAAAAAUUAUUCGACCUGAUCCGAGGAAAAAAUAAAAGGCCAUAUAAGAUCAGAAGUGGAUGGGAUUGGUUAUAUUUGCCAACAAAAUCCAAACCCAAUAACAAUUAAGCCCCAACUCACCUAAAGCAAAAACACAUUGAAAUGAUAAACGGAUAAAAAAAAAAAAAACUCAAUAUUGCACAUCCAUGGGAAGCAGCAGCUGGAGAAGGGGUGUGGGAAAUGUGAGAUCAUUCAUAGGAAAUUCAAUGGGAGGCCUAAGAGGAACAAGCAAUCUGGCUUCUUGGGUUGUUGCUGGAACUCUCGCUUAUUUCCUUUGGGUGAAACCCUCUCAGGAUCUGAAGAAACAACAACAGGAAAAGGCAGCUCUUGCAACUUCAGAUCCUUAUCGCUAUGUAGAGAAACGAAAACCAAUUCCUGAUCCCCAGGAGACUGGAUUGAUAUAUGGCAAAAAGAAGAAAACUGAUAGUAAAACAGAGGAAUAAUGUGUUACACUGCUACUUGUGAAAAACAAAGGUGCAAGACAGCUAGAAAUGUUGUGGAUCUCAAGGUUUGAUUUGGAAUGUUAGUUUUACUCAGCAACUAUGUAAAAGUUUAACUCAGAAAUGGUUAAAUUUGAAAGAGAAUAGUUAACAAAUUCAUGUAUAGAGAAACUGGAAUAUACAACUGUGAAUUAGAAAAACCAUUCUUUGAGAGCUGAUUGCAGGCCCUAUUGAUAAUACCCUCUAAAAGUUGAAUCAUAUCG